AAGCCCCCCCCUUUUUGUGUUUCCCGCACCGUCAAUCAAAAUAGAAAAAAAUCGACCCGAAUUCACCGAUCAACACAAGCCCGCCUUUGAUAAAAGAUAAUAAUGCUCGGAGUUUAGUUCAUCAGAUAAUCUUUCGAUUAUUACAAUUCACGUUAUGACUGGUACGUAACAUUGAACCAAUCGAAGCAUACAACCAACCGCGCCAGGACAGCCUUUGAAACAAGGGGAAAUGGCUACCGCGGACGUGGAAGGCAGUCAAAGCGAAUUCCUACAGCACGGCGGAGCUUCGGAAAACCAGACCACAGACAUGAGUGCCAUCCAGCUGACCGGUUCAGAUCACUGGGAGGUGUUAACCCCGGUGUCGACAGGAAAGGAUGAGCAGCAGGCAGUCGUCCACAUUCCCAACUCUGGCAUGAUGACCUCUAACGGCCAGUAUGUUCUCCCUAUCGGGAACAUGGCCAGUCAGCCCAUCUAUGUUACGGCAUCUAACAAUGAUGGCUCUGCCAACGGAGUGUCCAGCAUACAGUACCAGAUCCACAACUCCGAUGGAACUCUGUCCGGCUUCUCCGCGCAGGGAUUGGACGAUGGCUCGGGUCAAAUCCAGCUCAUCCAGGACGGUAGUCACGGCAACAUUGGAAUCAGUGUGGCCACAACAACAAAUUCUGACCUCCUAACCCAGGCAGGGCACAUGCAGCAGAUUCAGGGCGUGUCAUUGGCCGGCGGCACGACCUAUAGUGGUUCUGUUCCCAUGGGGCUGCCGGGCGGGAACUUAACUUUCCUACCUAUCAGCAGCAUCGACCUUGAAUCGCUAGGGCUUGCCGGCGCUCAGACAGUUCCCAUAGCAACAACCGCUGACGGUCAGCUGAUCAUGGGCAGCCAAUCGCUGGAGGUACAGGACGCCGGAGCCAAACAGCUGGUCAGUGACGCUAAUGGUAACCAAGACCUCUACGUGCCAACCACCACCUCUUCCUCCUCGUCAUCAUCCCAGCUUCCUGAGACCAUUGACGGAACGGGAGUUCUUACCCAAGCUACUGCCGUGUCUGCUGGGGUUCCAGACCCAUCCUCAUCAGAGAACUACAACUCCCACAACCACCUGCAGCAAAUACAGGUGUCCACCUCUAAUGCCUCGUCCCUAUCCCAGCCCAUCCUCCAGCUGUCAGGGGACGACCAGGGGGCCCAGGGACAGGAUCUAUCCCAGGCUGGACAGACUCUCCAGAGCGUCCAGCUAGUCAACCCUGGAACCUUCCUCAUCCAGGCCCAGACAGUCACUGCUUCAGGACAGAUUCAGUGGCAGACCUUCCAAGUCCAAGGUGUCCAGUCUCUGCAGGGACUUCAGCUUCCCCAGGCCCAAGGGGGCCAGCAGCUGACUCUAGCCCCAGUCCAGGGCCUUUCUUUGGGGCAGGGAGGAGCAGUCACCCUGCCCAACCUUCAGACCGUCACAGUCAACUCUAUAGGGCAGCCAGGCAUACAGUACACACAAGGAGAUGAGGCAGGCAGUCCUGCAGACAUCCAGAUAAAGGAGGAGCCAGACUCUGAGGAGUGGCAGCUGAGCGGUGACUCUACCCUCAACACCAGUGACCUGAACAACCUGCGCGUCCAGAUGGAAGACGAGGACAUGGACGCGCUCCCCGGGGAGGGCAAGAGGCUGAGGAGAGUGGCCUGCACCUGUCCCAACUGUAAAGAGGCGGGAGGAAGAGGGUCAAGUCUUGGAAAGAAGAAGCAGCAUAUCUGUCACAUCACGGGCUGUGGGAAAGUGUAUGGAAAGACCUCUCACCUCAGGGCUCACCUCAGAUGGCACAGUGGAGAACGACCGUUCGUCUGCAACUGGAUGUUCUGUGGCAAGAGGUUUACCCGGAGUGACGAGCUACAAAGACACAGGCGGACACAUACAGGGGAAAAGAAGUUUGUGUGUGCUGAGUGUUCAAAGAGGUUCAUGCGUAGUGACCAUCUGGCCAAACACAUAAAGACUCACCAGAACAAAAAAGGCGUUGCAGCGACAACAUUGUCUCCGCCCCACAGCGACACCAUCAUCACCGCGGACGGAACAACCCUAAUCCUUCAGUCAGCAGCUGGCAACCGCAGCCUCCUACCCAAUCAGGAGAUCCCUCUGCAGCUGGUCACCGUUGCACCCGGUGAGGUCAUGGAAUGAGGUCAUGGCUUAUAGACUGGCCAAUCAACAGGGGCCUUGUGGGCUCCCCCUUUGUUUUGUUUUUUAUAUGAAUAUAUAUAUACGUAAAUAUAUAUGACAAAUAUAUAUAUUUUAAGUAAGAGUUAUCAUGACUUUAUGUUCGUUUUUGCAGUCUUUUUAUAGGCAGGCAAAAUAAAAGACAUUCAAUGUGGUUGCUAUGUACACACAGACACAUGCAUUUUCACACACGCACACACAAUCACACACACUUGGUAAACAUGAAUAUUCACACUAUGAAAUGCCUUAUUUUGUAUCAUAAUCUUGUUGUAUAAAAUGCUGGAGAUGCAUGUGUUUUUUUUAAGCUUUUGCAGAUGUAAUUUUGGUGGGUUAAUAUGUCUGUUAAUUCAUAACAAUGACAAUGAUAGUUAUGAGGCAGGGAAAAGGAAAUGUGUAGGAGAUUGAAUGGUUGAUUGGUUGUAUUGAAUAAUCAAAGGCUAUCUCUGGUCAGGGCCUGCGUUUGGUGUGUGUAUUGAGACUAGGUGAUUUCAUUAACUCUUCACCUGAAGCGACAAGCAACUCCCUAGUUUAAGACCUUCUGGACACUCUUAGGCACUUUUUAUAAUACACUAUGACAGUUUGUAAUAACAUAUUUUGUUUUGUCUGUUAGUAAUAUAGCUGGGAUGUCCAAUUAUUCUCCAGCACAUCAUUUUAUUUGUUACCAAUGUUGGUUCAGUUACUGUUUUGGUUUAAACGUGUCAGGGUGCGGAACAUGUUAUUGCUCUGUUUCCAGCCCUGCACUCCAUGAAACUAAUUUGACUUAAUUGCCUGUUGUUUCUGGUGAAGUGUUAUUGACUGUGAUAGAAGUCGGCUGUACUUGCUGGUCUAAGGUCAGUUUGUUUGAUGUUAGUAGUGGUGGAGUGUAUGCUGAUCGUAGGUCUGUGCCUGGGGGAAUCUUUGACCCAGAGAGCUGAAUGUUAUGAGUCACUUCAAUCAACCAUGAGCACAUUUGUGGUGCUUGCUCAGUUCAAAUGUGUCUUCAGAUUUUUAUUUUAUAUUUGUAAUUUUUUUCCACUUUUUUUGCUCUAUAGUCAGUCACAUUUUAUUCUGUUUAUGUAUGUCUAGCUUUGUCUGGAUCCAGUCAGAAGGCAGCAUCUCAAAUCGUUUGUUGGAAUUUACAUGAGUUGAAAAGGACACCGGUUUAAAAUAAUGAACUGGAUUUCUCAGUCACCCCCCCACCCAAUAUGGCAACAAUAUUUUUAACUUAAACAUUUUUAAUUUGUAGAACACUUGUGGUUCACUGAUCAGUACAAUGAACAUUCCAAGUGGUACAUCCAAUAUGGCCACCGGUGUGCCUCCCACCCUCCGCAAAACUCAAAUUAGUUUACCCUUCGACUGUAGGUCGGGUGUUCUUUCACCCUCAGAUUUAAAUGGAAUGUAUUGGAGGUGAAUGUGGUGGUAACUUCCAGAUAUUCUUAUACCAAUCCAGUGCGCGUGCAUGUGAUAGAUAUAUGGGGCUAUCUUUUUUGGGUGAAUGGUAGGAUGUCUGAAUUGCAAUAUUCUGUUCUAUUGUUUCUAAUUCUAUAUUGCCACUUUACUCUGUCUAGUCGCUACUCAUUGUAAAGGAAACAAUCAUGCCAUUAUUAUUAUUGUAAUCUCUCUGUCCGAAUGUCUGUUUGUAGUUUUCACUUGUAUAUUAUCUUCUUUUCACAUUGUUCAUAGAAGCCAUUUUCUUUAGUAACAUAAAUUUUUUUUGGUCGAAAGCUCCUUAUUUUAAUUGAUUUUUAAAAAAUGAAAAUAUGUAAAAUUUGAAUGUUACUUUUUGUAAAACCUUUUUUCAAAUGGAUCAUAAUUAAAGUCUGAAUCCUUCCAACAGUA